AUGAUCCCUUCCCGGUCCUUCAAUAACAUCUCCUUCUUCCAGCCACCUGCUUUCCUGAUGAUUGGCAUCCCAGGCCUGGAGGCUAUUCAUGGCUGGAUCUCCAUCCCCUUCUCCAUGUACACUGUGGCCCUCGCUGGAAACUGCUUGAUCCUCUUGGCUGUGAGGAGGACCCCCAGCCUGCACCAGCCCAUGUACUACUUCCUGUCCAUGCUGGCCCUCACCGACGUGGGCCUCACCUUGUCCACAAUGCCCACCACGCUGGCUGUGCGCUGGUUUGACCAUCGGCUCAUCAGCUUCAAUGCCUGUCUGGUCCAAUUGUUCUUCCUCCACUCCUUCUCCGUGGUGGAGUCCUCGGUGCUCCUGGCCAUGUCGUUCGAUCGCUUUGUGGCCACCUCCAACCCCCUGCGCUAUGCCUCUGUCCUCACAGACAGUGUCAUCAUCAGGAUUGGAGUGGUUAUUGUGGCUCGUGCUACCCUGUCUCUCUUCCCAGUGCCUUUCCUGCUUAAAUGUCUGAACUUCUGCCCUAAUAAGACCCUUUUGUCCCAUUCAUUCUGCUUCCAUCCUGACGUGAUGAGAAGAGCCUGUGCUGACAUCACCAUAAACAUCCUCUAUGGGCUCUAUGUGGUUGUGUCCACUGCGGGCGUAGAUUCCCUGCUCAUCGUCCUGUCCUACACUUUCAUCCUGUGCACGGUCCUGGGUCUGGCCUCUCCCAGGGAGCGUAUCCGGGCCCUCAACACUUGUGUUUCUCAUAUUUUAGCUGUUCUGGUUUUCUUCAUCCCAGUCAUAGGUGUGUCCAUGAUCCGCCGUUUUGGGAGACACCUUCCCCCCGUAGUACAUGCCCUUGUCGCCUACGUGUACCUGGUGGUGCCCCCUGUGCUGAACCCCAUCAUCUACAGUGUAAAGUCCAGGCCCAUCAGGGAGGCCAUGCUCUGGGUGCUGAGGAGGAAAUGCCAGAGUUGA